ACCAAAAAGAUGGAAGAAAUGUUAAAUUUAGUGAAAGAUCAUGCGUCUCCAAUUUUAUUCGGUUCUGUAAGAUUUCAAGACAUGAAUCGUGAAAAGCAAAUGGAAGCGUUGAAAGAUUUAACAUUUCGUUUAAUAUUCGUCGUUUUAUUACCUUACAUUUCAACUAUGGCAUGUUCAUUUGGAGUGUCAGUCGGUCUUGGAAUCCUAAUCAAUGAGGCUAUGGCAAAACUAUUCAGCUCGUAUGAAUCAUUCAAAGUACUCCGCCGUGGAAUAGUUCUUCUCAGUAUGUCCUCCACAUUGGCAUCCUCCUUAAUUAUGUCAUUAAACUACAUCAUCACUCCAGUCUAUAAUUUCAUAUUUUUCAUUAUUGGAUUAAAAUGAUUAUUAUAAAAUUAUGUUUCUUUGAAC